AUGUUAUCAAAGCCAAGGGAAAUCAGUAAAAAAUUAUGGAGUAUAUUAUAUAUGAAUAAAAGGAAAAAAAUAAUAUAUGGUUUUUCUGUUAUAGCACCUGGAUAUUAUUUAUAUAAAACAGGAUGUAACAAGAAUGAAUUUGAAACUAUACGAAAUAAUAAUGAUAUAGAAAAAUUAAAAAAUUUGAAUAUUAAUAAUAUAUGUUCUUAUGUACCAUUACUUAUUUUGAAUAUAUAUGAUAAUUAUAUAUAUAAAAAUAAAAUAUUAAAAAAAAUAUAUUUUAAAUAUAAAAAAAGAUUGAAUAAAAAAAAUUAUAAUGACAUUAAAAAUAUAUUAGAUCAAACGGAUACAAAAAUAAAUUAUGAUUUUAUUUAUAAUGAAAAAAGUAUAUUUAAUAAGUUAUAUAUAUAUGAAUUAGUUUUAGAAAAAACUAUCAAAUAUGCAAUACUUUCUCCACAACUAAGUAUACACAUCCUUAAAGAGUUAUCAUCAUACUUUGUAAAUUUAAAUACUAAAUUAUAUAAUGAAAAAGACUUUUCUAUACAUACAAAAAUAGGAAAAAAAAAACAACAAAAAAUAAUUAACUCUAUAUUUAAUUGGUUUCCAAAAUAUAGACAUCCAGAAAUUAGUACGACAUAUUAUACAGAUGAUGUUAAUUUCAAAAAUGUUAAGAAAAAUGGAAAUGUCUAUGAAAAAUAUGAUAUACAUAAAUAUGAAGAGGCUUAUCAAAUGAAUCCCGAUAUGGAUAAUGGACAUGAUAUAGUUACAUUAAAUUUGCUAUAUUUAAUUAAUAAAAUAUAUGACAACGCCAAUAGGGUUUGUUUAAAUACAAAUACAAAUAUUUAUGUCCAUUUUUAUGUAAUUAAUAUUUUAAAAUAUAUAUGUUAUAAGCAUUACAGAAAUAUGCUCAAAAAUCAUGCUUAUUUAGAAGACCUGAUAAAUGGAAAUAAAAAAAAGACUGCUUAUGAUUAUAUAUAUACAUUUUUUUUUAAAAAUAAUAAUACAAAAGGUAAUGAUCAAAGUCUAUUUUGGUUUGAUUCAGAAAACUGGUCUAUGAAUGAACAUCCUUUGAAUGGAAAGGGUGAAAAGAAAGAAGCUACUUCAAACAGUUUUGAAAAAAGUGUAUUAGAGAAUCCAGAACAUGUUAGUGAAAUUAAAAUUAUAAACGAUUUAUAUUUAGUUCUAUAUUUAAGAUUACUUUUUGAAUGCUCUAUAAAAAUUUUAAGCAUUAAAAAAAAUAUAUCGAUAUUAGAAAAAAAACAAAAAUUUGAUAAGGAUAAUCAAAUAAUUUAUAUGAACCCAGCAGAUUCAAUAAACAAUUUGAAAACCAACUUUUUGAAACGAUUUAGAAAAAAUGAAAAUAAAAAAACACAAAACAUUUUCUUACGCCCAUAUAGUGAAUUUGGAGUAUGGGGAUUAGCAAAACCAAAUCGAACAAAUAAAGAAAUUUCAAAUUAUCAAGAAAAUAUUAAAAAUGUUGAAAAAAAAAACAUAGAAAAUAAACAUAAUGUAAACCCUUUUUUAUAUUAUUUAUUGCAAUGCAAAAAUCUUUUGAGUUUAGACAAUAUAAAAAAUAAUGUAUAUGCAAAUGUUUCGAUUGAUGACCAAAAUAAUAAAAUUACUAAAAAAAAAAUAUCUUUUAUGCCAUCAUUUUUAUUUUUUUCUUCAACACCAUCAUAUACUAAUUGUUUCAUUUCGUCUGAGCCAAAUGGAAAGGAUAAUGAAAAAAGUAGCCCCUUUUAUUUAAGUCCAUUUUUGAAAAAUACAAAAAUAAUCCGUUUUUUUUCAGAAACUUUAACCAAGGUUGAAAUGCAAAAAAAAAAAAUUAAAACUUAUUUGGAAAUAAAAAUUUUUAAAGUUAAAAGAAAUAUAAAUUAUUAUAUUUUUAAUGUAGAUCAUGUGUUAAUAAAUAAAUACUAUAAUUUAAUUCAUAAAAGAAAUAUAAAUAAAAUUAAUACACAUUUAAAUAAAUCAAAAGAAAUGGAUAUAGACAUAAACAAGUUUAACGAUAUAUAUGCAUCCAUGAUUAAAAAUAUACAUAAUAUAUUUUCCUUUGUCUAUUUAAUAGAUGAACAUCCUGGUGUCUAUAAAAUCGUGAGCUUAUACAGCGCAAACGUUUUUUAUGAAUAUAAUUAUUUAAAUGAAAAUCAAAAUAUUUUCUACACAAAUUGUAUUAAGAGAUAUUUAUACUAUUUUAAUAAUAAUUUAUUAUACAAGUUUUGUUUUACUAAUAAUUCUGUUACCCAUGAUAACAAAAAGUUGGAAAAAAAAAAUGGAAAAAAAAAGGAAAAAAAAAAGGAAAAAAAAAGAGGAAAAAAUUUUGAACAAGCCUUUUUUUAUUGCAAAAAUGAUAUGAAUUUAUUACUCUUUUUAUACACCCAACGUAUAAAAAGAUGUUUCUAUAUUUUUUCUUAUAUUUAUAAUAAAUAUAAUUUUAAAACAAAUUAUCAUUUAAAUUAUAUUUACUAUAAUUUAUCAAUCUUACACCUUUUCGAAUCUUCAUUAUUUUAG